UAGAAGCUUGUCAGAGAUUCAGAGCAAAGGAAGAAGAUGGAAUCCGCUCAUAUCCUCAUCCUUCCCUUUCCAUUCCAGGGCCAUAUUAUGCCUCUCAUGGAGGUGGCCCACAAACUCAUCGAUGCCGGCUUCACUGUUACCUUUGUCAACACUGACUACAACCACCGCCGUCUUCUUUCAGCCACCGCCGACGAUGGCCACGCUGCUUUCUCCACCACCACUUCCAGCCGCCUCCACCUCCUUGGAAUCCCAGAUGGGAUGGCCUCUGAUGAAGACCGAAAAGAUUUGGGCCUAUGUUGUAAACUAAUUUCUUUUGGAAUGACUCCCGGCCUCAUGUCCGUCAUAAGGGCUGCUGCCGACGAAGGCCGACCCGUACAGAGGAUAUUAGCUGACCAAAAUAUGGCAUGGGCUUUGCCGUCGGCCAUACAAAUGGGCGUACGGGCUGCUGUUUUCUGGCCCGCUUCCGCUGCCAUGAUAGCUAUUAUACUCAACAUUCCCAAAAUGAUUGAAAUUGGGGUGAUCAAUGAAGAUGGAUUACAAAUGAAGAAUGAGGUUUUUCGAUUGACAACCGGCAUACCAGAAGUCUGUCUGACACAAUUACCUUGGAAUUUGGCCGGAAAUUCUGCUGACAAAUCCGACAUCUUCUCUUACAUUAUGACUAACAAUCGAGCCACCAUAGAUCACGCCGACUCCAUCAUUUGCAACACGUUUAUGGAUCUAGAGCCUGAAGCUAUAUCUCUCCUCCCAUCUAUCAUUCCAAUUGGCCCUCUCUUCCCAAUUGAGCACCACCCUAUUGGCCACCUUUGGCUCCCAACAAACUCAUCUAUUGUUCUCAAUUGGCUUGACUCUCACUCUCCGGGUUCCGUUCUUUACAUCGCAUUCGGAAGCCUUGCUAUCUUUGAUGAAGCCCAAGUGGAUGAGUUGGCACAUGGGCUUGAGUUAACAGGACGGCCAUUUUUAUGGGCUGUGCGACCCGGCCUUACAACCAUGAGUCCGGGUCAACUUUUUUCCUCGGCGUAUUUGAGCAGAGUAAGAGAUCGGUCACUUCUGGUGGGUUGGGCUCCACAACAGCAGGUGUUGGCACAUCCUUCCAUUGGGUGCUUUAUUUCACAUUGCGGUUGGAAUUCUACACUUGAAGGGGUUAUGAAUGGGACUCGAUUUCUUUGUUGGCCUUAUUUUACCGAUCAAUUUUUGAACCAAAGUUAUAUUUGUGAGACAUGGAAGACAGGCCUGAGGAUGACGCCUGAAAAGAAUGGUGAAGGAGAAUUGGAAGGCAGUGAUGUGGCUUUUAUCACGCGACAGCAUAUCAAGGAGAGGGUGGAAAAAGUAAUGAGGGAUGAUGAGAUGAGGGAAAGGGCAUUGAUGUGGAAAGAAAAGGCUUUUAAAAGUGUGAGUAUAGGUGGGAGCUCUUACGAGAAUUUUAAGAGGAUAGUCAAUAUCAUGAAAACUAGCCUAUAGAUUUUAUUUCGUCCUCAUGAAAUGUUGUGUUACCUAUAUUUAAGAUAUAAAAAAUGAAGUAUAAGAUUAAAAUAUUA